AUUCAUCACAUCCUCUCCUCUUGAAGGGCCAUUUGCGGGAUGGAGCUGUAUUCUGGAGUCGACACAAGAUUAGUACUUCUAGUGAAGGACAAGCUUGCGCCCCUAUUGCAAAAGAGGACGAAUUGAUCAUGAUAUCGGCGAUCUGAGCUCUCAGCAGCAUCACAGACCUUUAAAGAGGGCCGCUGAAUCGGUUUAAAGAAGGUGAUGUCUGGCGUUGGGAUGGGUUCAACCGCCCAGUCUGCAGCUGUCAGGAGCGCCUCAGGUGGCACCUCAACUUCAGGAGCCGCACAAAUCAAUGAUGCAACAAACUCCUUUAAGCGCCUCUUGGCAGGGAGCGGUUCCGGUCAAAUGAAUCUGGGGGCGGUGAGAGCUCGAGCAGAAGAACUCAAGCGCUCCUUGGAACAAGUCAGCACAGCCUUGGAGCUCUAUGCUGACCGAGUCCAAUGGACUGAGACGCUGGACAAGUUUGGAGUGAUCAACAUGCAGCUGCACCGGCUGUCUGAGGAGCUGCGCCCACUGCUCAAGUUCUACGCGGUGCACCCCAAGGCGGUGAAUGCGGCGAAUGCACGGACGCUGCCGAUCAUGCUGGCGACAAAGGCGCUGCCAGAAAUGGAGACAGAGGAGAGGGAACUGCUGCGCAGACAGAGCCAGGCUGCGGCAGGAACGCCCCUGGGCGCCCAGUACGAGAAGCUGGGGCAUGACAUUGAGCAGCUGAACAGUAUCGUGGACUACAUCUGCCAGCACAAUGCCAGCAGGCUAGACUCAGGCACGCUGGAUCCCAAGGGGCCCAGAAGGAAAGCCCUCGCGCAGGAGAUCCAUGCAGCAGCUGCCGGCCCUCCGCCCAAACCAAAGGUGCGUCCGGGGGGCAAGCGCAAGCUGGAAGGUGCAGAGCUGCUCAUGGCCGCUGUCACCAGGGGAGAAGGGCUGACGGCAGAAUGACUCAUCAGAAUGCGAGUUGAUACUUCUGCAUUUGUAUGUGUCUGGUGUGUGCUGGAAAAUUGCCAAGUGAACAUGUAUUUUUCUGUCUUGUGCAAUGCAGUGUUCAGAUAGCGUUCAAUUCCUGAUGCAAUUUUGAAGACUCAUGGUGAUCACAAAUAGGCUGGAUGUUCACGUGAGUGGUGCAAGGACGGUUAGAAUAAUGAAGGGAUUCUGUUGCAAAGUGUAGAUAGAGCAACGCA